AUGGAGAAAGAGAUUCUGGAUUACGUGUUGGUGCCUGUGGGACUUACAGUGAUGGCCGCCUAUCACCUGUGGCUGCUCCGCCAGAUCAUCCGGCGCCCCUCCACCACCGUCCUCGGCAUCAACGCCGCCAGCCGCCGCCUCUCCGUCAUCGCUGUCCUAAUGUCGGGUGGCGGAGCGCCAGGUGUUGGCAGCAGUGGGCCACACCGGCCGGUCUACAAGGACAGCAAUAGUAGGCUCGGUUUCUCCAUCAAGUUCUUCUCGAUACAAGUGUGUUUUCUCGGGGCUUUCCUUCUGCACGUGCAGUCGAUACGUUACUACAGCCACGCGAGCAUGCUCAUAAACGUGCCCAACAACAUGAACAAAGACAAAAACAAGAAUAUCGGCUUUUGUAAGGACCGAGUGACGGUCGAGUACGUGUGUGGGACCGUGAAUCGGGCCAGCCAUUUUUGGUCAUUGGGCCUUCGGGCUUUUUACUUCUCGUUCCCUCUGUUUCUGUGGAUUUUCGGGCCGGUCCCCAUGUUCUCGUGCAGCGUCUUGCUCGUUUUCUUGCUGCAUUUUCUGGAUUUCGUCGUGGAAGAUCGCGUGUUGGUGGAAGAGGGGCAGAACGGUAAUUGCACCGGGGACGAUGAUCACGAUAACUAUGAUUACAUCGUUUAA